AAAGUAUAAGAAAAGAAGGAGAAAGGAAAGAGAGAGAGGGAGAGGUCAUCGUUAGUUGUAAGCAUGUCCAUAUGAACUGAAAUGGCGGAUUAAGAGUUUCAUGUUAUCCAAUGAAGUUCAUAUUUUAGUUCAUCUUCUUUAGUCAAUCAUAUAAUUUAUUCUUUUUUAUCAGGAUUAUUUGGAUAGAUCGGAUUCCUCGACUGUGUUUCCUGCACGCACGACGUUUACGGUUGGAAAAAGACACUAAGGACUUGGAUCCUUACUGAAUCUGGUUAAUUUUUUAUUGUUGAGGAAAGUCAUUUGAUGAGGAUUUGUCAAUUUUCUUCUUAGUCCUGGUUUUUCAAAUCCUAUUGAUCAAGGUGUGAUUGUCAAGUUCAACUAUUUGCGCAAUGACUGUCAGCUGAAUCUUGUGCUGACUAAAAAGUGAUGGAUUCGGCAAGAAGUUGGUUACAGAAACUUCAACCUAGAGACAAGAUGAAAGCAACUAGGAAGAAGGAAACUGGAAGAGAGGAUAUCAGGGAGAUGACAGAAGAAGAAGCCUCUAAUGUUACAAAACAGAAGGUUGCAGCUGCAAAGCAGUAUAUUGAGAAUCAUUACAAGGAGCAGAUGAAGAAUCUGCAAGAGAGGAAAGAACGACGCAAUUUACUUGAGAAGAAGUUGGCGGAUGCUGAUGUUUCAGAGGAAGAUCAAAAUAACCUUCUAAAGUUCUUGGAGAAGAAGGAAACGGAAUACAUGAGACUUCAAAGGCAUAAAAUGGGUGUAGAUGACUUUGAAUUAUUGACAAUGAUUGGAAAGGGUGCAUUUGGAGAGGUCAGAAUUUGUAGGGAAAAGACUACUGAACAUGUAUAUGCAAUGAAAAAGCUUAAGAAAUCAGAGAUGCUCCGUAGGGGCCAGGUUGAACAUGUGAAAGCUGAAAGGGAUCUUCUUGCAGAAGUUGACAGCAAUUGCAUUGUCAAACUCUAUUGUUCUUUCCAAGAUGAAGAACAUCUCUAUCUGAUCAUGGAAUAUCUACCUGGUGGAGAUAUGAUGACUUUGCUUAUGAGGAAAGAUACCUUGACUGAAGAUGAGGCUAGAUUUUAUGUAGCGGAAACAGUUUUGGCAAUUGAAUCCAUUCACAAACAUAACUACAUUCACAGAGACAUCAAACCCGAUAACUUGCUGUUGGAUAAAUAUGGUCACUUGCGGCUCUCAGAUUUUGGUUUGUGUAAACCUCUAGAUUGCAGCACUCUGCAAGAGAAAGAUUUCUCCUUAGGGGAUCACCUUAAUGGAACUGCCCAAAAUGAUGCUCGCCCUUCAGCUCCAAAGAGAACUCAACAAGAGCAAUUACAGCAUUGGCAGAAAAACAGGAGGAUGCUUGCUUAUUCUACUGUUGGUACACCUGACUAUAUUGCACCUGAAGUUCUGCUAAAAAAAGGCUAUGCAAUGGAAUGCGACUGGUGGUCACUGGGUGCUAUUAUGUACGAAAUGCUUGUAGGAUAUCCACCUUUUUACUCAGAUGAUCCCAUGUCCACGUGUAGAAAGAUAGUAAAUUGGAGAACACAUCUGAAGUUUCCCGAAGAAGCGAAAUUGUCCCCGGAAGCUAAAGAUCUUAUCGCUAAACUACUUUGUAGUGUCCACAAUAGGCUCGGAUCAAAAGGGGCAUACGAAAUAAAGGCUCACCCUUGGUUCAGUAGCAUCGAUUGGGAUAAAAUAUAUCAUAUGGAUGCUGCAUUCAUUCCUGAGGUCAAUGAUGAGUUGGAUACACAAAACUUUGAAAAGUUUGAAGAGAUUGACAACAAAUCUCAUACUCCGUCGAAAGGUGGUCCUUGGAGAAAGAUGCUGUCCUCCAAGGAUGUUAACUUUGUUGGCUACACAUACAAGAAUUUUGAAAUUGUCAAUGAUUACCAAGUACCGGGAAUGGCUGAAUUGAAGAAGAAAAACACAAAGGCAAAGAGGCCAACCAUCAAAUCAUUAUUUGAGGAAGAUUGUGACACAUCAGAAGCAGCAGGCAGUGAACGCGAAUGAUAUGGAAAGGUUUCUUUAUUCCUUCUUCGUAUUCUUCUUGAUAUUUGUAGAGAGCCAAUUUGACUCAGAAUUAACCAUAAAUCUGUAAAGAACGAAAAAUUUGUGCUAGCAGUGCCAGUCUCUGAUGGGAUGGAGAUCGCAACGCGGCAACUGGUACUAACUGGUACUAAUAUUAUUAUUAUUAUUAUUGAUUCAUAAUGUAUUGUUUGUGGGUAAAUUUUAUUCCCCCAUCUUUUUAUCUCUUUUUAUUCUGGAUUCUGGCAUUUGAUCUUUCCAUCCUUGUUUAUCUUUACUGAUAAUAUUGUUAUUACCAACUCUGUAAAAGACCCUCCCCUUAAAAGAGCUUUAUUUAUUUAUUUGGCACUUUUUACUA